AUGGCUGUUCUGAUGCCUUUAAUCUGCACGUCGCUCUAUAGUUCACAAAGGGAAGAAAUCCUCACACUACACAACAGGUUCCGGCACGACAUCGCCACUGGAAGACGUGGACCUAACAUUUCCAACAUGAAUGAACUGGUAUGGAGUCAGACUUUGGAACAAACUGCUGAAAGUCUGUUGACGUGCUCAAGAAACGUUGUACACAAUGAUGACAACUUCCUCAUGCCAAUGAUUAACUAUGGAAGGUAUAGGAUGUUAAACAUCACCAAGAUAUUGAGAUUCUGGCAUCGGGAAAGCAGACAUUAUGUUCCAGAAGCUGCAGACUGUAUACCCUGGGACAGUUGCAACAGGUACCGCGCGAUGGUGGGAGCGGAUCGGGAGAGAGUUGGGUGCAGCUUGAAGCACUGUCCGCGGCGUCAAUCACAGACUGUCUACGUUCUUAUGUGCUUAUAUGAAGGGGGAGAUCCAGAUUCCUUCAAGUACAAAGUGGGCCCAGCUUGUACUCGAUGUGGAGACGCUCUAUCCUUCUGUCAUCGUGACAUGUGUGUUGCAUGCUCGCAUUCCGAUUACAGGACUUGUGAUUGUCGGAAGACGUGUUUCCGAGAGGAUAUGGGCAGUGGAACCCUCAAUAGGUCUACCUGUUCUUGCAGUUGUACAUAUGGCCUGGGUCCAAAUUGUGAUGAGGAGUGUCGCAAUCCGGAGUUGUACGCUGACUACGACUACUGUGCCACGGUCAGCCGGGAGGACUGUUCCCAUCCAGACGUGGGGGAACUGCUGAGACAGUCUUGUCCGGAGCAGUGUGUUUGUCGGAAACAUCCUAGUCAGACAUAACCGUGCUGCCGACUGAAGAGAUGAAGCGGCAAGGAAUGAGGGUGGAGACUUGCGUCAGACAUUGAUGGUAACCUUGUUAGG